AUGCUCGGCGAAGCGACCGCCCUCAUGGCGGAAAGUCCACUUCACAAGGACCGGAGCAUCUCCGACAUCGGAGGACUGAUCCUGCCGCCCCUGAUGCUCGGUCAGCUUCGCAUCUGGCGCCGCGGCGGGUUGCCCGUCGCGCUGGCGACCUGGGCCUGGCUCGAUGAGGCGACCGAAAACGCCGUCCUUCACCAGGACCAUCUACCGGAUCCCGACCAGUGGAACAGCGGGGACAACCCGGUUGUCAUAGAUUUCAUCGCACCUUUCGGCGACGGUUUUCAAACCGCCCGUGAUCUCAAGCGGACCAUUUUCCCUGACCGCGCCCUGCGGUCGGUCCGGCGCGAUGGAAAGGGCCAUGUCUUGCGCAUUGUCCAACACCCCGGACGCGACCAUCUCGGCCGUCCCGUAAAGGCUCGCGCCUACGCGUCGUAA